GUAUACUUGUCUUGGAUGAACUUCUUGCUUUACCUUCAACGGUUUGAAAAUUAUGGCAUUUAUGUUGUGAUGUUCUGGGAAAUUCUGAGGACUUUGAUUAGGAUUGCUGUUGUUUUCUUUUUCCUGAUAUUGGCCUUUGGACUGAGUUUCUUUGUCCUUUUGGGUUCACAGCAAACAUACAGCACGCCAUUGCUUUCUGUAAUGAAAACAUUUGCAAUGAUGCUAGGAGACAUAAAUUAUCAUGAUGCAUUUCUUGAUCCAUUACUGAGCAGUGAAUUGCCGUAUCCAUUCCUGAGCUACACAGUUCUCAUUAUAUUUACCUUGCUUAUUCCAAUCCUUCUUAUGAACUUGCUAAUUGGUUUGGCUGUUGGGGACAUAGCUGAAGUGCAAAAAUAUGCUGCACCUCAAAAGGAUUGCAAUGCAGAAUGCUCGGAAUGGUGGUGUCUUGCCACUUUAGACAGUGCUGUGAAAUCUUUAUUAAGCAUGUAA